CCGGAUUCGCAUCCUUGUUUCCCCAACAUUUGAGUCGUGUGUAGCGAUAGAUCGGGAUAUCUGUUGACGCAGACGUGUAAUUAGCGUAGUUGCACAAAAUUGCACAGUCUCAUGUAAUUCGGAUCAUGUGGCCUCGGGGUCAAAUGUAACGGUGGUCCACUAUGGUCGGUACAUUGUGGACCGACUAUAGCUCGGCAGCUACGAUAACAAUUUCAUUGCCAAAACUCUGGGGAUUCAAUAACACAAUCCUACGGAGCUCUAACUUGGCCAUACGCUCCACUGAUACCUUUGGGGAACUUGAAUUCUGUUCGCAUCUCUCUACAAAAGUUCUAUACAGACGCGAGUCAGUUGAUCGCGGGGUACAGUCUGCCCAAGAUUGGCCCAUCAUGUCAACACUCACAAUUCACGGUCUAAAGUCCGAUGACAUCCACUCGGCAAUCCAGCUCCUCACACACAACCUGAUAAAUAUCCACGACACAACCGGCGAAUUUCUACUGAAGCUCGACGAUGGCCGUGUAAUUGAUACGAAAGGUUGGGAUGGGUGGGAGUGGACGCACGGCAUCGGCCUCUAUGGCCUUUGGCACUACUACACACUCACAGGGUCGCAAAAUACCAAGGACAUCAUGACUGGCUGGUUCCAGAAGCAGUUGGCGAAAGGAACAACGAAGAACAUCAACACGAUGAGCCCAUUCCUCACGCUCGCGUACCUUUACGAAGACACCGGUAAUCGAACAUAUCUGCCGUGGCUAGACACGUGGGCGGAGUGGUUGAUGAACGGAUUACCGCGAACUAAAUACGGAGGGUUCCAACACGAGACGUACAACUCCUUCAACAAAGACGAGCUGUGGGACGACACACUAAUGAUGAGCGCGCUCCCACUGGCCAAGAUAGGGCUCACAUUAGAUCGGCCCGAGUACGUGGACGAAGCGAGGAGGCAGUUCCAGCUACACUGCCAGUAUCUCUUCGACACUUCGACAGGGCUCUUCUUCCACGGGUGGAAAUGGGAAGAAGGCAAGGACGGCAGCAUCGGUCACAAUUUUGCCAGAGCUAGAUGGGCUCGCGGCAACUCCUGGCUCACCAUUGUCCUGCCGGAAUUCGUCGAACUUCUGCGCCUCCAACCAGAUGAUCCGCUCCGACAAUUUCUGCUCGGCAUCUUCGAAGCUCAGUGCAAAGCACUCGUCAAGUACCAAGGAGAGAAUGGCAUGUGGCGGACCUUGAUCGACCUACCACUCGAAAACGGCAACUACGAAGAAUCCUCGGCGACUGCUGGUUUCGCAUAUGGCAUGUUGAAGGGUGUAAGAAAAGGAUACCUUGGGAAGGAAUACUUAGAGCCUGCCGUAAAAGCUGUCAAGGCCGUGAUAGGCAAGAUUGACGACAAGGGCGAACUGCAAGGCACGAGUUUUGGCACUGCCAUGGGGCCUGAUCUGGAUUUCUAUUGCAAGAUACCUAUUACCUCCAUGCCUUAUGGGCAAGCUAUGGCUAUUAUGGCGCUGGGAGAGUUCUUACGCACAUUCAUAUAGAAAAAUUGAAACAUUGAGGGGUGUUCUGAAGGUCUGUUCGAGAAUGUAUGUCCACGAGCGUAUGCUGUAAUAUCUAUACACCAAGGUCAAUGGAUGCAGCGGCUUCUCGAAGUCUAUUUGUGCCUCAAUUCAAAUGAAACAGCACUUUCACC